AUGUCUACACGAACCGCGUUCAGAACUCGCAUCGGAGAUGUACCCGUUGCCGACGGCCCAUCCGGUGACCAGGUUGUGUGGGUCACAGUGUACUUUGACCCUGAUGAGGCCAAGUUUAACAAUCUAGAGCUGGUCCGCCUUAUGAUAUACCGCGUUGUAAACCGACAGGUUACAGUCAACGAGUCACCCAUGCACCACAGGUGGUCACACUGCCUAUCGGUCCGGGUUGCUGGGGACCUCCCUGACGAGGAUGCAAUUUAUGAAGUGGCUGAAGCGAUGUGUGAUUACUUUUAUGAGAAGGUUAAAUCUGGAGAGUUUGUCAUUAAUCGCACAUAUAUUCUUCGUAGAAGAUCCCGGGACCUGGCAAGUCUCGGGCCUUCAUUGUAUUGA